AUGAACAUAGUUUGGCUUUUGCUCUUGAUUGUUUUCUGCAAUGGGAUUUUAUCUGAUGCGAUUAGUCACAAUGUAUCAACAAGACCUGAAGUUGUGAGAGUUGGAGCCCUUAUUUGUUUUGAUUCCAUGAUUGGAAAAAUCGCAAAACUUGCAAUAACUGCUGCAGUAGAAGAUGUGAAUUCCAACUCGACGAUUCUCAAGGGAACUGUGCUCAAAGUUGCAAUGCAGGACACCAAAACCAGCGAUUUUCUUGGCAUUGUCGAAGCUUUGCGAUUUAUGGAGAACGACACCGUGGCCAUAAUUGGGCCGCAGUUUUCAGUAACGGCUCAUGUGAUCUCCCACAUAGCAAAUGAGCUGCAAGUGCCUCUGCUGUCAUUUGCAGCCACAGACUCCACUCUUGCGCCGCUUCAGUUCCCUUACUUUGUGCGGACAACACAGAGUGAUGCCUUUCAAAUGUCUGCGGUAGCUGAACUCGUUGGCUACUACGAGUGGAGAGAUGUCGUCGCGAUCUAUGUGGAUGAUGAUUUUGGGAGAAAUGGGAUUGCUGCAUUGGGAGAUAAGCUGGCUGAGAAGCGCUGUAAAAUCUCCUACAAAGCGCCUCUAAGCCCAAAAGCUAGCAAGGAAGACAUAACCAAUGUACUGAUUAAGGUCACUUAUUUGGAGUCUCGGAUUCUUAUCCUGCAUAUCUAUACGAGUUGGGGUCUCGAAGUACUUGAUGCGGCAAAGAAUCUGCAGAUGAUGGAAACAGGAUAUGUGUGGAUUGCCACUGAUUGGCUGUCUACUAUUUUGGACACAGACUCUUCAAUCCUUUCACAGAAGGCAGAUGAUUUUCAAGGGGUUCUUACCUUGCGCAUGCACACACCGAAUUCUGACCUCAAAGCUAGAUUUCUUUCCAAAUGGAACAACAACUUGACAAGUAAUGGGAAAAUGGGCAAUGACUCUUUUGGGCUAAACACGUACGGUUUGUAUGCAUAUGACUCGGUUUGGCUUCUUGCCAGGGCCAUCGAAUCGUUCUUCGAUCAAAAAGGAAAUUUCUCUUUCUCCAAUGACUUGAGCUUAGCCGAGUUGCACGGAGGGAACAUGAAUCUUGAUGCAAUGAGCAUCUCCGACGGAGGCAAGCUCUUGCUUCAAAGUAUUAGGAAUGUCAACACAACUGGCGUGACCGGUCCAAUCGCAUUCAACUCAGCUAUGGACCUCAUUGAUCCUGCCUAUGAAGUUAUAAACGUGAUUGGCACAGGCAUUCGGAGGAUUGGUUACUGGUCUAAUUCCUUAAGCUUGUCAAUUCUGAGUCCCGAGGAACACCGAAGAGGGCGUCCCAAUGGCUAUAAGUCAAGCCAACGACUGUACAGUGUCAUAUGGCCGGGACAAACAACGCAGAGACCUCGUGGUUGGGUUUUCCCCAACAAUGGAAAGCGGUUGAGAAUCGGAGUCCCAAACAGAAUUAGUUAUCGCGAAUUCGUGUCGCGUUCGGAGGGCUCUGAUGUGUUCACUGGCUAUUGCAUAGAUGUGUUUACUGCUGCACUGGAGCAGUUGCAAUAUGGUGUCCCAUAUAAGUUUAUCUCAUACGGGGACGGCCGAACCAAUCCAUCCACCACAGAGCUUCUGCGCUUGAUCACAAAGGGUGAAUUCGAUGCGGUGGUAGGCGAUGUCACAAUCACGACCAGCCGUACGAAGAUAGUGGAUUUCACGCAGCCAUACAUAGAGUCAGGGCUAGUGGUGGUUGCCUCAGUUAGAAAGCUCAACUCAAGUGCUUGGGCUUUUUUUAGACCUUUCACUCCCAUGAUGUGGUGUGUGACUGGUGUCUUCUUCCUCAUUGUGGGAGCAGUCGUUUGGAUCUUGGAGCGCAGGACUAACGAAGAUUUUCGGGGCCCUCCUAGAAAACAAGUCGUCACUAUCAUGUGGUUUAGCUUUUCAACUUUGUUCUUUUCCCACAGAGAAAAAACCGGCAGCACUCUAGCGCGCUUCGUGCUGAUCAUAUGGCUAUUUGUUGUUCUUGUGCUGAACUCCAGUUACAUUGCAAGCCUGACCUCAAUCCUCACAGUGGAACAACUUUCUUCUCCGGUUAAAGGCAUCGAGAGCUUAGUGACGAGCAGUGAACCUGUAGGUUUCCUAAAGGGUUCGUUUGCCGAAAAUUACUUAACCGACGAGCUCAACAUACACAGAUCGAGGCUUGUUCCUCUCAACUCGCAGGAAGAAUAUGAGAAAGCCUUGAAGGAUGGUCCCAGCGGUGGUGGUGUUGCUGCGGUUGUGGACGAGCGAGCUUACAUGGAGCUCUUCCUCUCUACGCGGUGUGAAUUUAGUAUUGUUGGCCAGGAAUUCACCAAGAUGGGCUGGGGCUUUGCCUUUCCAAGGGACUCGCCAUUGGCAAUCGACAUGUCGACGGCCAUCUUGAAACUGUCAGAGAAUGGGAUUCUGCAGAGGAUUCAUGACAAAUGGCUAAUGAGAGGUGCCUGCAGCUCGGAAGGCGCAAAGCAAGACGUAGACCGACUUCAGAUCAAAAGCUUUUGGGGACUCUUCCUACUCAGUGGGCUGGCUUGCUUUAUUGCACUGCUUUUGUAUCUCAUCAAAAUGCUGCGUCAGUUCUCCAAGCACUGCGUUAGAAAUGCUAAAUCCGCAGGCCUCCGUUCCUUUCUCGUUUUCCUCAACGAAAAGGAAGAAGUGUCUUCAAGCCAGUCCAAGAGAAGGCGAACUGAGAGAGCCUCUAAUAGAAUAGCUCAUCAAGAUAAUAAUAAUAAU